UCGUGAAUUUUCUCUCAGUGCACUGCCCACGGUGGCCGCUGCCGUCGCCUCCGAGGGGUAACACUUGUUCGAAUCGUGUAUUACAGUAGUUUGUUGAUAGCCAGCCCCGCGAACGGAACGCAUACGGAAGAAAACGAUCGCAAGAUCGAUGUGGCUACAAUAUUUACGGACCUCAAUAGCCAAUUGUCGGGUGGAUAGCAGCAGCAAUUGGAUCUCCAGACGCGGAAAAUCGAGAAUUUUGCGAAAUUCGCGAAAAUUCAGUGAGCAUCGACAAAUUGUGUGUGGCAUUAAGUAACCGGAGAAGCAGACCCGGAGUUCCAACUAGUGGAAAAAAUAAUACGCCGUAUCAGCGGAAGCCAGGCGAUUAUGAAGCCUUCGUGUCAGUUGUCCAUCUGGUCUUAGCCACAGUUCCUUCGGCGAUAGCAAGUGGAAGACAAUGUCGCGGAUAUGCUAAGUGGAAAUGGAUCCGAUGAUUUGUGAUCUGUGGUCUGGCCGCAUCUGGCUAUUGAUUCUCAUUUGCCUCUGCGGCUUUCAGCAGUGCCGCGGUUUUUUUGUUGACUAUACAGAGAACACGGAGUUAAUUCAACAGAGAGCCGGAUUCGAUGUCAAGCUGCAGUGCAAUCUCAAAGGUCUGGUCGAUGAGAGUAUGCUGAAUGACAUGAAGAUACAUUGGUACUUUAAGCAAUGCAGCGAAAACAAUUGCCAUCAGUUGGGAUCUGCGGAUGAGUGGACUGCUCUGCCAUGUGAGCCGAGUCUUUGUCGUCCGGAACUCUGGCUCCGGAAUGUGACGGAGCGGUAUUCGGGACUGUACAAGUGCAGCAUUAAUCCGCACAUUUGGGAUAAGGCCCAGGCUGUGGAUGUUCAACUGGUUCGCACCUAUCAGCUGGAUGUUAAGAACACCUCAUUGGCAGCCCCUGAGUUUGUGGACUCGUAUCCCAACAACAAGACCACGUUGGUGGGCAAUAGGGUGGUGUUCCAGUGCCGUGUUCACAGCGAGGAGCAUCCCACAAUCAAGUGGUUUCGCCGGCAGACCUACGUGGGAACUCAGUCAGCUGGAGAAGCCUCCUCGGCACCCACAACCUCCAAUUUUAGCAACCAUAUUGUCCGGUACAAUGGUCGAACAUAUGAACUACUGUCCACCGAUCCAGAAAAGAUGAUGGCACCCCAGAUAUAUCUCAGCAAAUUGAUUCUGGACGGAGUGAGAUUAAGAGAUGCCGGACACUACGCAUGCGUGGCCAUCAGCUAUCGGGGCCAUAAGAUCCGGGAGGCCUUCCUGGAUGUGCUGGCCGACGUGGAGGAUACGGAUCAGGAGAAUGAGUACUGGUCGGACUACGGUAAUGAAGAUGAGGGAGUUCCGACUAGCGAUCGACGGGAGUUCCUGCUGCUCUUCCUUAUGCCUCUGGGAUUGGCUCUUCUUCCAUUGACCGUGUGGUUCAGUUAUCUGUUGUACAAACGCUACUCUGUGGGACACGGCGAUUGCCAGCGAAUAGAUUCGGACGAGGAUCUGGACACGGAAAGGUGUGUUCUCGGGGGAAACAAGCAUUAAAACCGAACACUUUUGAAGCUGCACUACGCUUAUUAAGAUUAUGGAUAAAGACUGUCUAUAGAGUUAAGAAAAGUAGACCUACGAUCUAAAAAUAAAUUUAAGGUUUUAUAUAAACUU